AGUGGGCAGUGAAAUAAUUUUCUAAAUAAAAAAUAUAAAUAUUUGUUUGCAUUGCUGCUGACAAAGCUUUAGUUGCAUUGUUUAUGGCACUGUUUCCCAACCAGGGGUACGUGUACCACUAGGGGUACACGAACACACUGCAGGGGGUACUUGGAAAAAUGUAAUUUUAACAAAUGCAUGGAGCAUAGUCACACUGGAAUAGAAAAAGCGAUGUAAAACACGAGUUAGGGAGUACUCAUGGCACAACGGAAAGGCUUGGGGGGUACAUGAGACAAAAAAGGUUGGGAAACACUGGUUUAUGGGAUAGAGGUGGACCACGAACAGUUGUGAAAAUUUCAAGUGGUCCCCAAAUUGGAAACCCUGAUCUAGCCUAAUAGGCCUACUAACUUUUAUUUUACCUUAUUUUAACCAAAACGUCCCCGAAGAUUGGGCCUAUCUUGUCUACGUGGAGUAGCCUACUUGAAAAGACAAACAGCAGAGAGAAAUGUGUUGAAUAGAUUCACAAAGUUUAUUAUAACAAUGAUCAACAAUCAACAACCCCUUGGUUUAAAAAGAAACAAAUAAUAGGUGAAAUAUAUAGUCAAAUUAGCCAUAUGCUAAUGCUUUAAUUGCCAAAUAAUAUAUAAUAUUUUAAAUCCAAAACAAGGGAUACCCCUGGAAUUUUAUUUCAUUUAAAAAAGAAAAAAAGAAAGAAAAGAAAAUGGGCAACAUGCAUGCAGACAACCAACUUAAUAGCUUAUUAAGCUAUCUAGACACAGAUGUCAGUUAAAACUGCUAUGGCAUAGGCCUAUGAAUGUGCCAGGUGGAGUGUUACAAUUUCUGGGCCAGAGCCGUAUAGGCUACUUCUGGGCUAUGUUAAAAACAAUGCAAACUUGCUUUUAGAGUUCCAAGUUAAUACAUGACCUGCGUUCUGCUAGCUGUCAAUCGAUUAUUGAGCCUCGUGCCACCCAACUAUGUAAACAGGACGGGAUGGAUAUAACUAAUAACUAAUAGUUAAGCUACACUGUUACAAGAUUUACUGAUGAAACAAAUUGUAAUGUUGUCUUUUAAUGUUACACUCUUUGACAGUUCAUCGACCAUUCUUUCCUAUCGUCUGAUGAAAUCCACAUCCGUGUCAUGUGGUUCGACCGAAAACCCGGAUUGGAUCACAUCAGUCACCUGAGUCAUAUCUUUGUCGUGUACGGCUUGAGAUUUGUUAAUGGGGUUGACUAAAGUAUCACAUGUCAAGGACAGACUGAGGAAUCGACAUAUUGCACGAGAAGCUGUAUUUUAGAACAUUUCUCUUGUCCGGUAGACUGAGACACAAAGCAGUCAGGAGUAUCAACAUUGACGUUUAGUAGGAACUACUUGUUCUGAAACCGAGUGACCAACAUUCACAGGCACGCCACACAUUUCCCAUAGGUUUGAAUAGACGAUAAAAUGCAGUAGAUACACUCUUUCCAGUAAGACAGUGGCACAUUUGACAAUGGUAGCAGGAAGGGAUUGUUCUUUUGGGUAGGCUACUAGAAAACUGGUUACACACAGACAUCACCGAAUAUUAUCUGAUGAGUUUCCCCCCACUAUAAGGCAAAGUUACGCUGGAUGAAUAAAGCUUGACAUCACCCAAUUUUGAUUGAACAUGUGCUCCAAUAUCCAGUUAUGUUUAUCGACGAAAGGCCAUAUAGGCUACGUUUUGCAAUCGGCGAAUAUCUAGUUAAUUGCCUACCUAUUCCACUCCAUAUUUUAUUAGCCGCAACCGAAUAGGGCUGCAGUCUUGCGGAUGGAUAUGUGAACAGCUUGCAGUGAGAGAGCCGAAGGAUAACGAUCCUUUAGAGAAGAAAGGAAUGAAGUAGCAAGAGGAAAUAGAAUUCCCAACAUAGUAAAUAUACAUGUUUAAUAGAAACCAGAAAGGCGGUUAUACUGAUCUUUUUUAGUAAUAUAGCUCGCAAGACAAGGAUUUACGUGUGUUGCCAGCGCGUUAACGGGGUGGAAGAGGAGGAAACGACGAUAUCCGCAAGAGCGCGCAGACAAGCUCCGUCUCUGCGGUCUCCAUUUUAGGUUCUUGCCCAGUCUGUACCUCACGUGUCCUGGACUGUCUUUCUCACAUGACCCGUGUGUUUGUCCCCGUGAUCAGGACUUCCAUCUCCGUAUUUCAGUGUCGCUGAAUAUCACUUUUUAUAUCGUUACCUUCAUGGAUAUGCUCGAACAGAGCCUGGACACCCCGACGAGUCACGACAAACAGGAAACCGAGGAGGUGGUUCAACUGCAGGAGGGAGAGGCAGUUGGGGCGGAGGAACAGGCUGCUGUUACCAUAGCAAGUGUCCAGCAGGCAGCGUUCGCUGACCACAAUGUCCAGUACCAGUUCCGCACAGAAAGCAACGGAGGGCAGGUGACGUACCGGGUGGUCCAGGUGACAGAGGACCAGCUCGAGGCCGUAGGUGAUGGAGGAGCCGCAGUUAGCGUGGUCUCCACGGCAGCCUUUGCUGGAGCGCAGCAGGCAGUAGCUCAGGCUGUUAUCCAGAACCCCUUCAGUAAUGGCGGCAGUCCCGCGGGGGAGGCGGUGGGCGGGGAGACGCGCUUCGCCUACUUCCCAGCCGCCACCGUCAGUGACGGCACGGCCGUCCAGGUGCAGGCCACCGCGGACCCCACCCUCACGCAAGCGGGCGGUCAGUUUUACGUGAUGAUGAGUCCUCCAGACGUGUUGCAGCCGGGCACGCCUCGUACCAUCGCACCCCGCACACACACCUACACCACAGACUACGGUGACAACAAGAUGAUGCAACAAGGCAAUGUCGGCUGGAAGAUGGAGGGGGCACGAGCACCCCGAGACGAGCGCAGAAGAGCCCAACACAACGAGGUGGAGAGGCGCAGGAGAGAUAAGAUCAAUAACUGGAUCGUGACCCUGUCAAAGAUCAUCCCCGACUGCAACCUGGACGCCACCAAAACAGGAGCGGUGAGCAGCACCUCCGAGAGCAAAGGAGGCAUCUUGUCUAAGGCGUGCGACUACAUCCGGGAGCUGCGGCAGAACAACCAGCGGCUGCAGGAGAGCUUCAAGGAGGUGGAGAGGGUUCAGCUGGACAACGAGCUACUUAGACAGCAGAUUGAAGAUCUGAAGAAUGACAACGCCUUGCUAAGAGCACAGCUGCAGCAGCACGGAAUAGAAAUCAGUGGGGAGCCAGCGCCACAGUGACACACACACACACACACACACACACACACACACACACACACACACACACACACAUACUGAGUUGCAUAGUUUGAUGAAGAGACUGUUUCUGCAUUGGUGGACGCGCGCACACACACACACACUCACUCUCACUCUCUCUCUCAUGCACAGCAUACAUGUAUUCACACACCUGUUUUCACCUGCACUUACUAACAAGAUAUUAAUGUCCUGAGGUUUUACCCUACACACACACACACACACACACACACUGAAGAGCUGGCGAUUUCAAGACAAGUAGCUGACAAGACAUUAAGAACUAGACUGGCUAACACUACUAAGAAAUCACUCGACACCACACGUACACACACACACACACACACACACACACACACACACACACACACACACACGUACACGUACACUUUUUCUCGAACCCAGAGGAACUCUGUCUCCAGAACCCUUGCAUCCCUGAGGAAGACUCCCCGAGAUCUUCGUCAUAUCACCUCCGCUCUACUCUGCUCCGAUCGGUCCUCCUCAUCACCCUGUCCAAGCAGUCAGCCCAUUUUAGUGUUCCUUUUUUGUUUGUUGGUUGGCUUGUUUUCUGGCUUAAUACUCAUCCAUUUAAAUUGUACUGCUGUCUGUUGUUUUUUUCUUCUUUUAAUGUUGCCAU